GGCGGUCAUUUUGGCUUCCACCCUGUGUUCUUCCCGGCAGAAGUUCCGGAGCGGUGGGUCUGCGCGGAGGUGACGUGCCGGGAAAGGAGUCGGAGGAGCCGGUGUCCCCGCCGCACAGAGGCGGGUCUGACGCUCGGCGUCGCCUUCCGGGGCGCCCGGCACCAGGGCCUGCCGGCUCCCGGCCUGCUCCGCCCACAGGCCCGGAUGGCGGCACCUCAGCUGAGGGACCCGGCUCAGAACCGCACAGCUCGAGCCGCUGCUUCACCUGGGUGCCUGGAGGCUCUGAUAUGCGGUGUCCUUCACCGAGGCCUACGGAGCCGUGAGAGCUGCCCUGCCCAGAGGACCCUACACCAAGUGACGUCAGCGUGGAACCAAUGAAGGUCCAGGAGACGGGCGUUUCUGCGUGUGCCAUCUCGUCAAGGUGGGACUUGCUGGGUCCUGGUGGUAUUCGUUUUGGCAGCUCUCAACUCUGUUUCCUGGUCAGACGCUCUAGAGUUCUGGGUCGAGACAAAGUGACAACUACAACAGCACCAGAAGCGUCCCUGCUGCUCAGAGGCGGUCUGAGACGCCCGACCGCUCCCAGGCCUGCUCUGCCCACAGAGUCCGAUGGCGGCAGCCGUGCCCGGGGCCCCAGCUCAGGAUAGUGUGACCUUUGAAGAUGUGGUUGUGUACUUCUCCUGGGAGGAGUGGGGUCUCCUUGAUGAGACUCAGAGAUGCCUGUACCACGAUGUGAUGCUGGAGAACUUUGCACUUGUGAUCUCACUGGGUUGCUGGUACGGGAUGGAAGAUGAGGCACUUUCUGUGCAACGAAUGUCACUGGACAGAGCUCAGCCCUGUGAGAAGUGUGUCCUGGUUGGCAGAGACAUUCUGUACCUGGCAGAGGACCGAGGACCACCUCCGAGCCAGAGGUCCCGCGCGUGUGAGGCGUGCGGGAAGCAGCUGUGGCUCAGCACGAGCCUUCACCGGAAGCACAGCGAGGAGAAGCCGUUCCCGUGGGACAUGGGGUUUGUGACAAGCUACCAGUUGCACGUGUCAGGGGAGAUAGGGAAGGACUUCCUGGCCGUGUUGAGUCUGCUCCAGCAUCAAGCCACUCUCAAAGGGACAAAAGCGCACAGCAGCUUUGAGCACGGGGAGUUCUUCCAGGGUGGGAAAAGUCCGCACACGUACAGCGACUAUGGGAGGCCACUCAGCUGUGACUAUAACAGACUUUUCCAGCAUCAGCAGCUUGACCCGAGGGAAAGUUACCCCUCCUGGGAGCACUGUGAGAAACCUUUUAACCAAAGCUCCAUCCUGAGUAAUUGCCAGAGAACUUGCCCAGCAACCAAGUCUUAUGUGUGCAACGAAUGUGGGAAAUCUUUCAGCCAAAGCUACAACCUCAUUCAACACCACAGAAUUCACACUGGCGCAAGGCCUUACAAAUGCAGCGAAUGUGGAAAAGCCUUCAGCUUCAAAUUCAGGCUUGUGCAGCACCUGCAGAUUCACACCAGAGUGAGACCUUACGCGUGCGGCGAAUGCGGGAAAGCCUUCAGCUACAGCUCGACCCUCAUCAAACACCAGAGAGUUCACACGAGAGAGAAGCCUUACAAGUGUGGCGAGUGUGGCAAUUCCUUCAGCCAAAGCUCCAACCUCAUUCAACACCAGAAAAUUCAUAGUGGAGCAAGGCCUUAUAAAUGCAACGAAUGUGCAAAAUCCUUUAGCUACAAAUGCAAACUUGUUCAGCACUUGCGCAUUCACACCGGCGAGAGGCCUUACGAGUGUGGGGAAUGUGGGAAGUCCUUCAGCCACAGGUCCACUCUCAAUCAACACCAGAGAAUUCACACUGGAGCCAGACCUUAUAAGUGCAAUGAGUGUGAGAAAUCCUUUAGCCAAAAGUCCAACCUCAUUCAGCACCGGAGAGUCCACACAGGAGAAAAGCCUUACGAGUGUGGGGAAUGUGGGAAAUCCUUCAGCCAAAGCUCCCACAUCAUUCAACACCGAAAACUUCACACCAGAUGACCUCAUGAGUGCCGCGACUAUGGGGAAGUGGUUCAUAAGCUGCAUGUGUGUUACAUCUGUGCAGCAGAGGUCAGUGAAAGCCUUCACCUAAAGGUCCGGGCCAGAAUAUGGUAUUUCAUAGAACUAGAGACUGUGAGGGAGCCCGCUUUUGGAAGUUGAACGUCACACACACAUGAACAUCCACACCGGGCAGAUCUCCCAAAACCCCUAGAUUGGUGGGGAAGCUCCCAGGAGCCCUGCCUGUUCUUAUCCUGCUCUGCCGGGUUCCUCAUUCAGGGCAGGUGUCAUUUCUGGACCAUUGUGAGUGACAGGCUGGGGGUGGAGGCGGGUAACACAGCAAGUCCCUUCUUCCUCAUUAGGUUUCUGACCCAGUUUUGACAGUGCCAAGGGGUUGAAAUGAAAAUACUGUUUACCUUCUAGACCUCCUUGCAGUGCACCAGGAGGACACGGUGUUGCUCUUCUGACCACUGGAGGGCCCCCGUGAGAGUGGUUCCUCUUUCCCAGGGCUGUCACACAAUGUCGAGCACUGUUGUGGGGAAGCUGCUCCCAAGCACUGCAAAGGAAUCAUGUGCCUUCAUGUAAAGCUCAUUGCUGGUGUCAUUGGCUAGUUGUAAGACUACUAUAGGGACCAGGUUGAAAACCCAUGAUUGUACAGAAACAAAGAAAAUGGCAGGACUUAGGAUACAUAAACAUCUAACAAAACUUGCAUCCACUGAUGUUCCAGUUAAUACACUCCACCCCACUGUUCCUCCUGUCGUUGUGGAAAUUGAGGCCCUGUGUCUAUCUUAACUUCUAGUCCAUCUCACAGAUAUUUGCUGCAUAGGCGAGAAAAUGGCAACAGGAUAGAAAAUUCCACUGGUGGUUAAGUCUGUAGCUAUUCUGACCAGUUGCUGAGCCAGAUAGAAAUGACCUUGAAACUCUUUGAUGCAGGGCAUCCUUUUCCCAGGCAUAAGGAUGGAUGGUGGACUCUUGUGCAAAAAAGUAGGGGACCCAGACCUCUAUUUGAUUUUUAAGGAAAGCUUUAUUGAGGUAUAAUUAACAUGCUGUAAAACUGCACAUAUUUAAAAUGUAUACAAAACCAUGGGUGGUAAUAAAUCUAUAUAACUCCUUU